AGCUGCAGAAAGCCCCAUGAGCCGUGUUGCACCAUCCACAGCACCAUGAGAAGGUGAAGUGCGAACAACAGCCGACUUCACUGAGCACUGAAAACGAAGACAAGCAGAUACUAAUUCUACAAAACAGGUCUGAUCAGACGAGUAACACGAUGGCGCAAGGCUGCCUCAAGUGUUUAAAGUACACCAUGUGUGUCGCCAACUUCCUUUGUUUUAUGUGUGGUGUGGCGGUGCUGGGCUUCGGUGGGUACAUGAUGGUUAACUUCCGGUUAACUGCUCUCACCCCCAACCUGGCCAGCCUCAACAUAGCCAACCUGCUGCUGAUCAGCGGCAUCGUCAUCACCUGCGUGUCCUUCCUGGGCUUCCUGGGUGCUCUGAAGGAGAACCGCUGUCUCUUGCUGACGUUUUUCCUGCUGCUCUUCAUCCUGAUGCUGGUCGAGCUGACUGCUGCAUGCCUGCUGCUCAUAUACGAGGGAGAGAUUUCUGCCAUGGUGCAAAAAGAUCUCGACACGGGUCUGAAAGACGCAAAAGGACAGGCUGCAAACUCAACAAACAUAAUGAACGACUGGGACUUGCUUCACCAGACGCUUAAGUGCUGCGGAGUCAAUGGAACGGCCGACUGGGGAAGUCAUGUGCCUUCAUCCUGCUGCGAGAGCCGCUGUGGAUCUCCAAAUCCUGUGUACUUUCAAACGGGUUGUCUGACAACAUUGAAGACCUUCUUUGAGGACAAUUUCCUCAUCACUGGCAUUUCUGUCAUUGUUCUCUGCAUUAUCGAGGUCUUGGGAAUGUGCUUCGCCAUGACACUCUUCUGCCACAUUAGUCGAUCUGGACUGGGCUACAAGUUAUAGACGUUGGUUUCUCAAACUAUAUAUAUAUAUAUUCUAUCUCUAUAUUUUAGAGUUAGUUUCAUUGUACAGUUAUGUCCUUUAAAAAAAAUCUGGUGCAGGAAAACAGAAAAGGCUUUUUGAUAUACCUUAGAUCAGAUUAUUUUCUAAACUCAACAUCUUGGUAAGUUGUUGUGAAAGAUUGGAGUUUUUGUGCUUGACAGACUUUUUCAUGCUCCUGAAAAAGAAAGAAGUAAAAAAAAAAAAAGGUUUUUCGUUUUUGGCUACUUCGGUCUUCUAUGACAAUAAGCUCAAGCUUUGUACAAUGCUAUUUCAGUCAUGUGAAAUGAACACAAGUUCUGUAUAUGACUUCCUUGUUGCCAAGUUUAUCUGAAUGUCUUUGCGUGGUUUUUACUUUAGAGCAUUUUUGAAAAGCAAUUGUUUGUGUAAAAAUACUGCCUAUUUCCUGUAACUGCCUUUCACAAACCAUUUACUGACAACAUAUUUGAAAAUGCACCAAUAAAGUAUUGUUUACGAUAUAAA